GCUUGAGAAGUUUUUGAUGAGAUCCGUCUGCACGCUUUUAACGCUACACGUGUGACGAACAGUUAUCAACGACAGCAGCCGAGUUAAAUGCUUUAAAUACAGACAGAAGAGAGUUUAUACGAACUAGCGUUAAGGAUGUGAUAUUUCAUUUGAAGACCAUUUUGCAGAAUGCAAGCAAAUUCUCAGCACCCAGAACAAUGGCAAAAUUUACAUGGCAGUGAGGACGCAUCUGGAGAUGGGACAUUCAGUAAUCCAGAACAAAACCUUUACCAGAAAUGCUUACAACCUCACUCUGCGAACCAUCCAUAUCCAGGACAAACCACCACUGGAAAUUACUUAGCAAAAUUCUCUUGUACAAUUCUACAGACGACCGCUGAAAAAACUGUGAACAUCGGUCAAUCUACCAAUGAAAUGAAGUCAUCACAGGACAAUUUCAAUUCAAAAUGCACGCAGCCAACAGGGCAACAGAACUCCCAAGUUGUUCUGUGGAACGUGCCCAAUAGUGUCCAGAUAUUCGUACCUGUUAACAACAUAAGCAUGCAGGAAACCAUUAAUGUUGCAUCCCACAAUAAUGGACAAAACAUUUUACAUUUUGCCUCGAGACAAGAAACUUUCAACAGUAAUAGCCUUGCAUAUAUGCAACAACAAACUACCUCUUUGCCUGCUGGGCCAAAUAAUUCGCAACAGUUUAAUGCAAAAACAGUUAUUAACCAUAAGAGUCUUAAUGAUACUCGAAGAGAUAUGAGCCCCUGCAUUAUGCCUCAAAGGAAACAACAUGCAUUGGCAAACAUUUUGCCAAAAAGCCAAUCGAAAGAAGGGAUGACCUUGCCAUCGGAUUCGAAAUAUUGCCUCCCAACUGAAAAUACACCUCAUGCACAGGAUAGUUCCUUUGGUGGACAGAUUUCUCAUAGAAUAAGAACUGACAGCUCAUCGACCUUUGUUAACCUACAAGCACUUUCUUCAUGGAACUUAUUCCAACAGAACAACACUGCAAAUAAAGCUGUUGCUGUUGUUACACCAUUAUCUCCAAUAGAAAUGGCAUCUAUUUUAAAUGUAUCCAAAAAAUCUGCUCAAGUUUUUGAUGAAAGAUCUAUGCCAGGGACUGUGCACCAUCGACCAAAUAUUUCCCGUCCACUGGAGGCCAACACUAAUGGCCUGACAAUGGAAGAACCAAAUAACCCACCAAGCAAGCAUCAACAACCAAUGUCAGGAGGGCUAACACAUAAUAGUGCAGCUAGACCCAAAAGUCCUGUUUCAACCCAUGAAUCAACUAACUGCCAAAGUAACCAUGCACGCUCACCCAAGCUUAACAGUGCGGAUGGAGAGCAAAGUAAGUCGGCAUCAGUUCGAACACAAAACAAAGCCAGUGAGAAUAUUCCUAAUAAAAACCAUACGGUGACUGACAAGAAAACUAACACAGGGAGAAGUGCCAGGUACUCCACAAUUCCUGUAAUUGAAUGGCCAUUAGAAAAGUUGCAUGUUUUGAUAAAUUUUGUUAAGGAAGUAGAAGAUGGUCAUCAGAAAAACAUCAAAAAUGAGCCUGGAAAGGAAAUUCUGAAGCUUUAUUGGAAUGGAGAUGUUCAGAAGUUCCACAACGUAGUAGAUACUGGAAUAUAUCAAAAUGUAUUGGAAGAAGUCUACAGUUACUGUCCAAGCAAAGAUGAUGUGAUACUGAGGCAAAUAAAAACCGAUGCACGUUUCCAAGUUGCAGAGGAUUUUCAUGUUUUGAAACACAACGAAGAUCCACCAAAGAUGGAAUACAAGUCAUCUUGGUUGAAUCUGAAUGAGAAACUUGAUGACAUUGACAAGGAAUGUGGUUAUUCUUGGUACUAUAGAUCUUUUUAUGGUUCUUCUCAAGAGAAGAUUCAUGAAGGAAAUUCUGAAUGUAAAUUGCAACGGAAAUGGCUAGACCGUCCUGAUGAGCCAUCGCCAACAACGCACCAAUGCCCAACCAGAACUGUGAAUGAAGUACCAGAAGAUGGACAGAGUGUCUUGAAUUUAACGCAGAAAAAUGUUGCCUCCUGUAAUGAGCAAGCUGUAACUGGAAUUGAUAACCACUUACCAAAGGUAACUGAGAAACAAACCAACUGUCAAUCAAAUAUGCUAUCAAGCAGGCACACUAGUUCACCAGAGCUUAAUCCUAUGGUUGUGGGGCAGCCAGAGUUUUCAGCAUCAUCUCAAAAUGCAUCAGAUGAAAUAACUAAUCGUGACCUUGCAGUUACAGAGAAAAGUAUAAGUGAGAUUAUGUCAAAAUCUGGCGAAGAAGUUGCUCUUCAAAAAAAUGCAGGGAUUAAACAAAUGGACACUACAGCCUCUAUUGAGAAUAAUGCUUCUCCAAAUGAAACUUCUGUCAGCUCCGCAAUAGUGCAUUGUUUAGAUGUUGACUCGAAGAAAGUCAAUGCUGCACCCAAAGAGUUAAAGCCAUCUUGUUUGAACACACCACAAGAACUUAUUACAACAUCAAGUGACGAGCAAAUAACCUUCAAGGGUAUUGAAGAGAAGGCACGUGCAAUUCAAACCCCACUACCAGAUUGCUCUGAUACACCUUCAGUAACUGAGAAUGGCCAGUAUAUGACCGAAACUGUGUGCGAUGUACCAGCAGAAGCACAAGGAUACCUGGAGGUAAAGGAGAACGCUGACAAUGAGAGUCAUGGGUUAUUACAGGAAAUGAUUGGGACUGAUUCCUGCUCACAGAAGAAUGAUAGUGUGGCUACAGAAUCAAAUACUGUAAGUCCACUAAAGGGUAUUACAAAACUGUUGAGGACAUUGGACAAACGUGAUGUUUCUUUAAGAAUUUAUGAGCACCAACUUGGAACAGAUGAAAUUUUAAGAAGAAAACUUCAACAGCCAACUAGACCAUCAGGGAUGCCAGUGCUUAAUGACAGAUUUUGUAAAGGAGCCGGAGGCAGAAGUCCAAAGUUAAAUGAUAAUUUGCCUGUCCAAAGUGACAUUACAAGCUCACCAAGGCUUAGUCCUAUUGUUAAAGAACAUCAGGCAGUUAUGGAAAAUAAAUGUCAUGAAAAAAUUACUAGCAGUGAAAGGGAUAGGAUAAUUCAAACAACUUUACCAAAUGCCCCAUCAAGAACUGACGCUGACCUUCAACCAAAUACUGGAAACCCACUGACAGGCAUGGAAACUAUUGUGAGUGCAUUAAAAAACCGGGAUGCUUUAUUAAAAAGACAUCAGCAACAAUUUAAAAAGCAAGGCAUUUCGAAAAGAAGUCAUGAACCGUUGCACAAAAUUCCUGUGUUGACCGAGUCAGCCAUCCAAAGUGACAGCACCAGCUCAGCGAAACUUAAUUCUGUUGUCACAGAACAGCAUCAAUUGCAAAAUGAAUGUAAUGAUAAAAUGCUUGAAAAUGCUGAAAUUGCGACAUUUGAAACUGUGCCAAAGCUUCGUAAGCUUGACAACGUAGAUGCGUCAGGCUCCAUUCAAAUUAAUGUUCUCCCAUAUGAGGUAGCUAAACGGUGCUUUGCUGGUGAGAUGAUGGAAGAUGAAGAUUUACAAGAAGCUGUUGGAAUGAGUGAGUCGUCAAGGUUGAAUUCUAGUGAGAAAUGUGAUGACACUGAGAACAACAAAAAAUCACAUUCCUUGUCAAAGUCAUUUUGUGAUGCACCCAAACUUUCACAGGAAGAGCAGCUCAUGGGGAGUUUGAAGGACAACGCAAGGAAUUCAGUUCAUGCAGCACGAAACCCAUUUCAAGAUGUCCCUUUAAAGCCAUCACAACAAGAUCUUUUGGAGAGAAAGCUUUUAUCAACUAAAGAUUCAGGAAAGGCAAGGUUAGAGGAUGAUUUUUGUAAUGGCAUCGGAGACAAAAUUCACCCGUUAACUGAUGAAUUAAGCACCAAAAAUGACUUUACAAGCCCAUCAAAACUUAAUCCUGAGGUUGAAGGACAACAGGAAUUUGAGGCAUCACCUGAGGUGCAAACUGAAUGUAAUGACAAAGUGCCUAAUGAUGACUGUGCAGUCACAGAUGAAAAUCUGAUUGUGCCAUCACCUAGUACAGAAGUUGAUGAAGUUGUAGCGGAGUUUGAGGAGAUUGAUGCUUUUGCCUCCAUUAAGAUUAAUGUUCUCCCACAUGAAAUUGCAGAAAAAUGGUUCGCUGGUGAUACUAUAGAAAAUGAGGAUAUUGUUGUAAAUUUUUCCAGUAAGGAACACAAUGAUGACCAGGUAGAAGUUGAAGUCCUGGACUACCAUGAUGACCAGGCUGACCCAACUGAGGUCCUGGAUGUUGAGAUCCUGGAUGUCAGGUCUGAAAAAGAAGUGCACAUUAAAAAUGUAAAGCCCAAAGAGAAGAACAAUCAAUGUGCUGCUGAUGUAAAGUUGGAGUCUUUCUGUUGUUUUACUAAAUGGUUUCAGGCUUUAAAACAUGAAGAAGGCUCAUUCUGCAUGUGCCAUGUAAAAACAGACUUGAAUGAAGAAGAGAUUAAAAUUCAGGCCCAUGACACAAGUUUAAAGGUGCAGAAAAAUGAAGAAGACUGUGUCAACGUCUUCUCUGAUAAUUAUAAAUCCAUGGAACUAAAACUGAUCAAUCAGACCAAGGAUGAAAAUGCAUCUGAAUGCACUGAAUCAAAAAACUUAUUGAUUUCACAUACUGACAUGCCAGGCAAGACUGCUGAGGUUGUUGACACCCCACGUCCCGAUGUUAAGAGGAGGCCGGACACCCCGCCCCUCGCUGUGCAGAGGAGGCCCGACACUCCGCCCCUCGCUGUGCAGAGGAGGCCCGACACUCCGCCCCUCGCUGUGCAGAGGAGGCCCGACACUCCGCCCCUCGCUGUGCAGAGGAGGCCCGACACCCCGCCUCUCACUGUGCAGAGGAGGCCCGACACCCCGCCUCUCGCUGUGCAGAGGAGGCCCGACACCCCGCCCCUCGCUGUCCAGAGGAGGCCCGACACCCCGCCCCUCGCUGUCCAGAGGAGGCCCGACACCCCGCCCCUCGCUGUCCAGAGGAGGCCCGACACCCCGCCCCUCGCUGUCCAGAGGAGGCCCGACACCCCGCCCCUCGCUGUCCAGAGGAGGCCCGACACCCCGCCCCUCGCUGUCCAGAGGAGGCCCGACACCCCGCCCCUCGCUGUCCAGAGGAGGCCCGACACCCCGCCCCUCGCUGUCCAGAGGAAGCCCACCACCCCACCUCUCGUUGUUAAAAGGAAGUCUGAAACUGUAUGUCUUUCACUGUAUGGGUCAUCUUCUAAGAGACAAGAAAUACGAAAUAAAAGAUAUAUAAACGGUUGCGAAGAACCCCCCAAAACCCUUGAAAUAACUAUUAGUCAUCAUGAGAUAAGUGAAGGAAGAACAUCAAAGAAGCGAAAAUGGGUAGAAUCAAUAGAAAACGAAGAUGCUUUGGAUACAAGGCGAAAAGAAAUUAUAUCUCAUAAAAGCUGUGAUCAGACGAGAAUGUCUCUGUUACAUCAAGUAACUCCAAUAGAACCUUCUGAAGUUACCAAAGAAAAUGCACUUUCAUCUACAUUAACCAGAAAACUCCAAAAUCCAAGUUGUAAAUCAAAGAGUGGCUUUUAUUUAGCAGCUAUAAAGAAGCGAAAGAAAAAACAAAACUUUGGUACACGACAGGUUUCUAUGAAUAACUUUAUUAUCAGAAGGAAGACUGUUCUAUCUAAAUCUUUACAGUCAACUGAACCUAUAAUUAAAAGUAAAUAUGAAUUGGGGAACCCUGCUUUGAUGCCAUUACAAGAAGGUUCUGGAUUGGAAUUCAAAGUAUUGCCUUCAACUUUCAACUUUGAAGAUGGUAAAAAACGCUGUGUUUUGGAUCAAGCAGACACAUCCUCAAAUACAAAAAAUGCUCACUCCAAGAAUAAAAAAGCAAAAGGAGUGAAGACCACCAAUGCUCCAACACCAGGUACUUGGUGUCUCAGCCCUUUGAAGACCAAGCACGUCCAGUCCGAAGAUGUCUCUGGCUCCUCAUGUACAAUCUUUCAAGAGUUUAAGAAGAAAUAUCAUGAAAGAAAGCAAGAAAUGGUUCCCACGCAAAACUUGAAUUUCAAUUAAUAAAAUUAAAAUCCUUUACUGAACUUGCAUUACAAUUAAAAAUGUAAACAUUUCAGAUAUGUUUAAAAUUCUCUGAUGUUGUUACUUUUUGUGAAAUGUUAUCUAACUUAACACUGGCAACAUGGAUGCAUACAAUUUUACCGUGUUUUAUAAAGACUUAAAGAAUUGUUUAUAUUUAUAAAUGCAUGCAUUUGCACAUUGAUGACAAACAGCUGCUGGUAGCCAACUCCUCUGGUUUAUGUGUAAGAAUAUACAUUUUAUAUAUCUUACAUUGUUUGAAGGAAAUGUUUGUUAGUCAUACUCAAAGACAUUUUUUCAGGUAUAUAUUCAGGUAAUUUUAUCCUGAUUUAUUUGUCUGUUAAAUUUGACAC